UAUUGUAUCAAUUACAUAAUUAUCUCCACCUGUUUACAAUGGAAAAGUUUAAUGAAAAUGAUCACCCUCAUACGCGUUAUAAUCCAUUGAAUGGACAAUGGGUGCUUGUAUGUCCUCACAGAAUGAAGAGACCAUGGCAGGGGCAGGUUGAACCAGUUAAUGAAGCUGGUCCUCCAGAAUUUGAUGCCAAGAAUCCACUCUGUCCUGGUGUUGUUCGCAGCAACGGAGAGAGAAAUCCAGAUUACAAAACAACUUUUGUUUUUAACAAUGACUUUCCGGCUCUUUUGCCAGAUGUACCAAAUCCCCCAACCAGUACUGAUCCAUUAUUUCAAAUGGGGCCAGCACAAGGCGUGUGCAAAGUAAUGUGCUUUCAUCCAAAAUCCAAUAUAUCCAUUCCUGAUAUGACAAUUAAUGAAAUAACCAAUAUUAUCAACAGCUGGAUUGAAUUAUAUGAAGAUUUAGCUAAAAAAUACGAAUGGGUGCAAAUUUUUGAGAACAAAGGUUUUGCAAUGGGAUGUUCUAAUCCCCAUCCUCAUUGCCAAAUAUGGGCUACCUCCUUCAUACCUCAUGAACCCGCUACCAAGGAUUCAUUUCAACAAAAAUAUUAUGAAAAAUAUGGAAGGCCACUUUUAAUGGAUUAUGUGCAGAGAGAAAUUGAGAAAGAGAUAAGAAUUGUAACUGAGAAUGAUGAUUGGUUAAUUGUGGUGCCCUAUUGGGCUGUUUGGCCAUUUGAAACUUUGUUACUGCCGAAAACACAUGUGAAAAGAAUAUCAGAACUAAGAAUAAAUCAAAAAGAAUCACUUGCUGAUAUUAUUAGAAUAUUAGUAACAAAAUAUGAUAAUUUGUUUCAAUGUUCUUUUCCUUAUAGCAUGGGAUGGCAUGGUGCACCAACAGGCUCAGAGUUGGAAAAGUCUAAUGAUCACUGGACAUUACAUGCUCUUUAUUAUCCACCUUUACUAAGGUCAGCAUCUGUUAAAAAAUUUAUGGUUGGUUUUGAAUUGUUAGCUCAAUCCCAGCGAGAUUUAACACCGGAACAAGCUGCAAAAAUGUUAAGAGAUGUGUCUUCAAUACGAUUGAAAAAGUAAUUACUAAAUACAUAAAUAAAUAUUUCGAUUUAUUCAGUAAAGGUAAAAUUACAGUAAAAUCAACAAUACUAUUUAUCCCACUUUUUUUAUAAUCUAGCGUGAUUAAAUUAUUCUGUUCUAAUAA